UGAACCACCCAGGCGUCCCUGGGGUAGACUUUUUUUUUAUUUCCACUUUUCAAAUGAAAAGAUGGAGGCUUUGAAAGAUGGCCAGGAUCCCCCAACUGGGAAGUGGCAGGUCUGGGAUUUGGUUCUAGGGCUGUGAGAGUUCCAGAAGCUGGUGCCCUGCAUGAAGAUGCUAUAUUAGCUCAUGAAAAACCACACGGGCAGGGUGGUAAUAACGUCCAUUGACGUGCAGUGAGUCUUCAGCAAAUGUAUUCUGUUAUUGUUACUGUUGUUGUUGAUCUCUCCUUCUCUGGGCCUGUGGCUUGUGAGAGUGUCUGCUGGAUGGGCCAGGUCAUGAUGAGUGGAAAAGUCCUUCUUUGGGUGUUUGACCAGAAAAAAGUGGACAUGUAGCUGGAAUGUAGCUGAGCGCCAGGCUCACGCCUGGAGGCUGGAGUUGGGAUGAGCGCUGGAGCCUUGAGUGCCCUGUGGGAAGCCAGUGGAAGCAGUUCAUUCUCUUCCCGCAGAUCCACAACUGGAACAAUGAUGGAAUGUUCUGACAUUCUUACCACAAGCCAACCCCUGUGAUAAAUGUUUUGUAAGCAUCAAAUCUUCAGCUUCCCGGUGAGAGGCGUUAUUGCCCCAUUCUGCAGAUGAGAAGGCCGAGGCUCAGAGGCUGAGUGAGCAGCAGGGUCAGGAAUCAGCUCAGGCCCCAAAUCCGAAUUUGUAACCUCUGAGCAGGAUAUGUAUCCACAAAAUGAUGCUGAUUUUCUGGGUUUUCUUAGAUCUCUCAGAGUUCUUUGGCUGGUGCAUGGGACCUGUUUCCCCUGUGGGCAGGUGGGCCUGCCUGGGCCUGGUCCCCACCGCCCUCCCCCAUUCCCCGCAGAGACUGAGAGGCUCCUAACCCCCAGCCCUGGGUAUGGCACCCGGGCCGGGCCUUCCCCGGCCCCUUCUGAAGAGGAGGACCUCCGCCGCCGGCUCAAGUACUUCUUCAUGAGUCCCUGUGACAAAUUUCGGGCCAAAGGCCGCAAGCCCUUCAAGCUGAUGCUGCAAGUCGUGAAGAUCUUGGUGGUCACCGUGCAGCUCAUCCUGUUCGGGCUCAGCAACCAGCUGGCAGUGACAUUCCGGGAGGAGAACACCAUUGCCUUCCGGCACCUUUUCCUGCUGGGCUACUCGGAUGGGGCGGAUGACACCUUCGCGGCCUACACACGGGAGCAGCUCUACCAGGCCAUCUUCCACGCUGUGGACCAGUACCUGAUGCUUCCUGAUGUGUCACUAGGCCGGUAUGCCUACGUGCGGGGCGGGGGUGGCCCCUGGGCCAACGGCUCGGCCCUGGCCCUCUGCCAGCAGUACUACCACCGAGGCCAUGUGGACCCAGCCAACGACACCUUUGACAUUGAUCCCAUGGUUGUCACUGACUGCAUCCGGGUGGACCCCCCUGAGAGACCCCUUGUGCCCCCCAGCGAUGAUCUCUCCCUCUCGGAUGGCAGCGCCAGUUACAAGAACCUCACGCUCAAAUUCCACAAGCUGAUCAACGUCACCAUCCACUUCCAGCUGAAGACCAUCAAUCUCCAGAGCCUGAUCAACAAUGAAAUUCCAGACUGCUACACCUUCAGUGUCCUGAUCACUUUUGACAAUAAGGCGCACAGUGGGCGCAUCCCCAUCAGCCUGGAGACCCAGGCCCAUAUCCAGGAGUGUAAGCACCCCAGCGUCUUCAGGCAUGGAGACAACAGCUUCCGACUCCUGUUCGAUGUGGUCGUGAUCCUCACGUGCUCCCUCUCUUUCCUGCUGUGCGCCCGCUCGCUGCUCCGUGGCUUUCUGCUGCAGAACGAGUUUGUUGUGUUCAUGUGGCGGCAACGGGGACGAGUCAUCAGCCUCUGGGAUCGGCUGGAAUUUGUCAAUGGCUGGUACAUCCUGCUGGUCACCAGCGAUGUGCUCACUAUCUCGGGCACCAUCAUGAAGAUUGGCAUCGAAGCCAAGAACCUGGCGAGCUACGACGUCUGCAGCAUUCUCCUGGGCACCUCCACGUUGCUUGUCUGGGUCGGCGUCAUCCGCUAUCUGACCUUUUUCCAUAAGUACAACAUUCUCAUCGCCACACUGCGGGUGGCGCUGCCCAGCGUCAUGCGUUUCUGCUGCUGUGUGGCUGUCAUCUACUUGGGCUAUUGCUUCUGUGGCUGGAUCGUGUUGGGGCCCUACCAUGUGAAGUUUCGCUCGCUGUCCAUGGUGUCGGAGUGCCUGUUCUCGCUCAUCAACGGGGACGACAUGUUCGUGACGUUCGCCGCAAUGCAGGCUCAGCAGGGCCGGAGCAGCCUCGUCUGGCUCUUCUCCCAGCUCUACCUCUACUCCUUCAUCAGCCUCUUCAUCUACAUGGUGCUGAGCCUCUUCAUCGCGCUCAUCACUGGAGCCUACGACACCAUCAAGCACCCAGGCGGUGCUGGCGCAGAGGAGAGCGAGCUCCAGGCCUACAUCGCGCAGUGCCAGGACAGCCCCACCUCCGGCAAGUUCCGUCGCGGGAGCGGCUCGGCCUGCAGCCUGCUCUGCUGCUGCGGCAGGGACGCCUCGGAGGAGCAUUCGCUGCUGGUGAAUUGAGUCGGACCCGCCACUGCUGCUGGACAUUAGCCUUCCGACUGCGGAGACUCAUGCUUAUUUAUUUUUAGGGUUUGCUUUUAAGGACCGGUUCCCUGCCGCGCCCUGAGGACCUGGGCCAGUCGGGUCGGACACUGGUGGGACGGGGGUGGGGUGGGUGUUAAAUAA